AAAAGGCCAUUACUAGGUUGAUACGACGUCGUUUUAUAUUUCUAACCGUUCCCUCCCUCAAAGAGUCAAGUAGAAAAUGGACGGACUCGGUCUCUUUUUGAUGUUUCUGCUUCCCUGAACUCACCUGUUUCUGUGUCUUUUUUAACCUCUCUCCAGCUUCAUCAAUACUAUUUCUCAUCGGCAACAGGGUGCCACCGCCGCAGCAACCUCCCUGUGCGGUACUAUAUCUUUCUCAAAGAUUAAUUGUGCCUGUAUGCUAUUUGUGGAGUAGAGCAAUAUCUCGAGACAGUGACAAAGGGUUUCAAACAAUGAUGGGAAGUGAAGAAAAAACUCUAGUUGAAAUCUUAGAGGAGAAUAACCCUAUUGAUCUUGCCAAAUACAUUAACUAUGUCAGUGCUCCACAAGCUGGUGCUAUUGCAACAUUUUCGGGCACGACGCGUGAUACCUUUGAAGGCAAGACAGUUGUUGAACUAAGAUACGAAGCGUAUGUACCAAUGGCGAUACGCCAGCUCAAAUCCAUAUGCUCGUCUGCUAGAUUAUCGUGGAAUAUCCACUCUAUCGCUGUGGCACACCGCCUGGGAUCAGUUCCAGUUGGAGAAACUAGUGUCUUUGUUGCUGUAUCAGCUGUUCAUCGAACUGAUGCUUUGGAUGCUUGUAAGUUUGCUAUCGAUGAGUUGAAGGCAUCUGUUCCAAUAUGGAAGAAGGAGGUUUAUUCCAAUGGGGAGGUUUGGAAGGAGAAUUCUGAGUUUAUGGAGAGGAGGCUGGAGAUAGGGAAGCCCGAAGGAGGUUGCUGCAGAAAAAAAGUUGAGGUUGAGACACAUAGUGCAAAGUCCUGCUGUGGAGCUAAGGUCAAAGUCAGUGAAGGGACUGAAGAAACUGCUGGUUAAGAGAAAAAAAAUUUCUGUAGAAUUACAGGAUUCUUCCAAGUUCUUGGUUAAAAAAAAAGAUGGAUGAAUUCCAGUAUCAUUUCAAUGCAACUUAGCAAAUGGAUCACAUGAAAUUAAAUAAACUUUGCUCAUUGUUUA